CAUCGAGAUCACUUCGGCGUGUGUUCAAGUGAAGAACAAGCGCUGGAUUGGCCCUGCACGGUACUGUAUUACGUCAGUCCAACAUCCAAUCAAAAGGCAGGAAAACGCUGAGGCUGGAUUCUGAUUGGACGUCCGUCCAAAGUCGAAAACCUAUCCCGUUAAACUGACGUCUUUUCUAUGCAGCACAGUGUCGAGAUUAAAACGUCAUUAAACUAAGACACGAUAACUGUUAUGGUUAUUUAUUUAUUUGACUGUUUUUAUAAUAAAUUAAAUGAACUAAAGUAACAGGAUGUAGUCCAAUCAACCUUUUACGCGUUUGGACAGGCAUCUUUGUAGCCCCGCCCACAACGGGGUGUUUCCAGCUUUAAGAGUUGUGCUUCAACUUUUCUAAAUAUUACUGCUGCAAGUUUACACAACCCUUAUGAAACCGUUCUUCUGAGAUUUAUCCGCAAACCUAUUUAUUCACAUAUUCGGGGAGUGAAAUGUCAACCAUGGCAUAUGUGAGAAACAAACGAAAACACUCGUUUUUAUAAUUUUUUUUUUUGUGUGUUUUGUGCUGUCAUUUGUGUUUAAAGAAGGAGUGAACAAAAAGGGUAAAUAUGGCGUUUGGUUGUUGAAAGUGAACAAGCGGAGUGUGCGGACUUCUGACCAUGGCCGAGUCCACGAAGAAGCUGAAAAAGCCUGACGUGAAAAUUGUCCUGCUGGGUGACAUGAAUGUGGGGAAAACAUCUUUGCUCCACAGGUACACCGAGAGGAAAUUCAAGGACACAGUGAGCACAGUUGGAGGGGCUUUCUUUCUCAAGCAGUGGGGACCCUACAAUAUCUCCAUUUGGGACACUGCAGGUCGGGAGCAGUUCCAUGGUCUUGGCUCUAUGUACUGUCGUGGUGCGGCUGCGGUCAUCCUCACCUAUGACACGACCAGUUGGCAAAGCUAUGUAGAGCUGGAGGACCGCUUCCUGUCCCUAACCGACACUGCCAAUGCUGACUGCAUCUUUGCUAUAGUGGGCAACAAAGCUGACCUGACUGACUCGCAUGCCCAGGCGUCAAAUCCAGAGGGAGAGGGACAGGAAGAGGCUGAGCCUGCACGCUUGUCUCUUUCUUCCUCCUCUCUUCAGCGCAAACAGGUGAACAGAGAGGAUGCCAUAGCUCUGUAUGGACGUGUACUACAUUACAAAGGGCUGGAUGAGAAGGCCUGUCUGCCCGCUGAAAGCAUGUGCUUUGAGACCAGUGCCAAAACUGGUUACAACGUGGAUGUGUUGUUUGAAACAAUGUUUGACUUGGUGGUGCCCUCAAUCCUGAAGAAACGGAACGAGGGCGAGAGCUCCACUGUUGACCUGGAAGCACCCAGCACAUGCAAGAGGACUAAAGCGGGCUGCUGUGCCUAGAACAGGAAUGCGGAUUUACUCCUUAAUACAAUGAAGGCACAGAAGGUUGUUUACAUUUCAUGGAAAACUCUGGUAACCCCUGUUAGAAAGGAUGACCAAAUUUCUGUAAAUAGAGUACUUUGUAAUGAUCAGUGUUGAGAAUUAUUAUUCAGCAUAAAAAAAAAAGUAUUACUUGAGUUCAAGACGGUACGAAGACGAAAACAUUUAAGUUGUUCAGCAGUAUUUUUUAACUUGCCCUGCUGUGAUGGCUUCUGAAUUUUAUGCUGUGAUUUUUUUUUUGGUGUUUCCACUUACCACCUUUUUUUUUUUUUUUUAAAUAAAAAAUUAGACCAUCUUGUAACAAAUGUACAAAAAUAUAAAUAUAAUAUAUGGAUUUUAUUCGUUAGAAAAAUAAAUGGUACACGUGAUUUGUAAGUUGAAGCAUGCAGAUAAUCUUGAUUUAUCAUGGUCAAAGUAGAUCCAGUGGUGUAGGGGAGGGGAGCUCCAAGAGGGCCUUUGUGGUGUGGCACAAAAAACCCCCAAACAAAAAAACCCCAGACCACAUGUAUAGCGAGAAGAAGAAAAGGUCGUUUUGAUCAGAGUUAAAGGUGAGGGUAUUUUGUGAACUAUCUGAAGGCAGUUAAUAGGUGUAGAAAUUCAUCGUCCCCAAGCUUAUGAUAUACACGAUAUGGCCAAAAGUAUGUGGACACCUAACAAUCACAAUCAUAUUUGCUUGUUGAACAUCUGUUCCAGAGUUUGUUCCCCCUGUGCAGUUAUAACAGUCUCCAUUCUUCUGGGAAGCCCAUAUAUAUAUAUAUAU